GCCGAGAAACGCCGAACAUGCACGCGCAUGUGUCGCGGAUGUGUGCGUGGAGUACUUCUCUGAUAUGUGUGAACGUUUCGUUGACGAGAAACGUGCACACCGGCCGUGCACUGUUCAAGGAAACCCCACGGAACUUAAAGGGCAAGAAACACAGCUCGCAGUUAUGGCUGGCGAGGCAGCUGCGCGAUCCCUACGUGGAGAAGGCGAAGCAGGAGAGGUACAGGUGCAGAAGCGCGUUCAAGCUCCUAGAGAUCAAUGAGAAAUUCAAAAUCCUCAGUCCGGGUCUGACCGUCGUGGACUGUGGAGCAGCGCCCGGCAGCUGGACUCAGGUCGCCACCAAUCUUACCAAUGCUGAUGGCAAAAAGGAAGGCUCUAUCGGCAAGGUGUACGCCAUCGACAAACUUCCAUUUUAUCCUGUGGAAGGUGCGACUGUCUUGGGGAAUAUGGACUUCACAAACGCUAAAACGCAUGAGACUCUGAGCAAAAUGUUACAGGGAGACAAGGUCGACGUCAUCUUGUCUGACAUGGCUCCAAACGCAUCCGGCGUAAGGGAUAUAGACCAUGAUAAUAUAAUGCUACUCGCUUACGCCGCCCUGAGAUUCGCGCUACAAAUCAGUAAGACGCAAAGCACGUUCCUUGUGAAGAUCUGGGACGGUGGUAAGACACAACAAUUUGAACAGAAUCUGGCAAAGUUUUACAAUAAGAUCAGGAUAUUUAGGCCUGAUGCAACGAGGGACGAAUCGACUGAAACAUUCUUCUUGGCUAUGGGGUUUAAAGGUCUCAAGACAAGCUGAUGUAAUUAAUAAGUUAGUUCAAAGGUACAAUAGAUUUCUUGCGUUGAAAUUGCCAAAAUUUUUGCACUUAAAACAAGAUAAAUAA